AUGAAGGUAGACUAUGAUUAUUUUGGUGGUGUAGUAUGUUUUGAUACCACCUACAGGAAAAAUAAAGAAGGAAGGCCAUUUGCAAUGUUUGUUGGUGUCAAUAAUCAUAAGCAAACACUUAUUUUUGGUGCUGCAUUGUUAUAUGAUGAGACCACUGAAACUUUCAGAUGGUUGUUUGACACAUUUGCAAAGACAAUGUUGGGGAAGAAACCAAAGAGCAUAUUGACUGAUCAAGAUCCCGCCAUGUUUAAGGAUUUUGCUAGAGACUUUAGCAGUAUCAUUUAUGAUUAUGAAGAUAUUGAAGACUUCUUAAUUGCUUGGAAGAAAAUGCUUGAAAAGUACAAUCUGCAAGAAAAUAAAUGGUUAGACCGUUUAUUUGAGUUGAAGGAGAAAUGGGCUUUAGUUUAUGGGAGAGAAACAUUUUGUGCAGAUAUAACCACUACUCAACGUAGUGAAAGCAUGAACAACUGUAUAAAGAGGUAUGUGAGUUACAAGUAUGAUUUGCUGCGAUUUUUUCGUCACCUUCAGAGAUUGCUUGAUGAUCGUCGUUAUAAUGAGUUGGUAGCUGAUUUCAAAGCAACUCAUACAACCCCUGCAUUAGCAUUCCCAGUGAAAAUAUUGAAAAAUGCAGCAAAAGUUUACACACCAACAGUUUUCCAGUGGUUCCAAACUGAGUUAUGUAAAGCUCAUGAUUAUAGCUUGAAGCUAUUUAGUGACAUUGGAACGAUGAGCAUAUAUGAAGUUACUGCUCAUGGAAAGCGUUUUCACCAUGUUGUAACAUUUGACUCGGGCGAUAAUACUAUUUCAUGCAGUUGUAAGAAAUUUGAGUUUGCUGGAAUUUUAUGUUCACAUGCUUUGAAAGUCUUGUCAGCAAAUAAUGUAAAGACCAUUCCUAGUCAGUACAUCUCAAAGAGAUGGAGGAUGGAUUUCAAAGAUGAAAGAGCAAAGGUGUCUUCUCCAAAUGCAAAUGAUGAUGAUCAAGAGGCAAAAAUUGCGAGGCGUUACAGAGAAUUGGCUCGAUUACAUGCUGAAAUUGCUACAACUACUGCUGAAACUGAUGAAGCUUAUGAGAUUGCUAUAGUGGCUCUUAACAAGACAUUAGUAGAUGUGAAGGCAUCUUUGAAGGAAAGGACCAAUCAAGAAGCACCUCAAUUUAAAUCUCAAAUCAUUAAUAGUGCACCUGAGGAUGUUGUUGAUGAUCAUAGGGUGAGAGGAAUCAAGGGUUUUGGAGGCGCCAAUGUUGGAAUAUAUUAUCUGCAAGGUUCUAUGACGAACUAUCAGCAAGGUUGCAUAACAGGCACAAUUUCUUUUGAAGAAAGAGUAGACAAAAUCAUAAGCCUCCAUCGAGAUCAAUUAUGUCAAAGAGCAUAUACUGCACCUCCAUGA